UUCAUCCUGGCUAAUGCCCAGGUGUCCAAGGCCCAAGGUUUCCCCAUCGUCUACUGUUCUGAUGGCUUCUGUGAGCUCACAGGCUUCUCCCGCGCUGAGGUCAUGCAGAAGAGCUGUGCCUGUAAGUUCCUGUAUGGCCCAGAGAGCAGCGAGACCAUCAUCCUCAGCAUCGACGACGCCCUGGAUGAACGGAAGGACUUCAAGGAAGAAAUCAUGUUCUACAAAAAGGCUGCGUCAUUGUUCUGGUGCCUGCUGGAAAUUGUCCCCAUUAAGAAUGAGAAGGGAGACGUGGUGCUCUUCCUGGCUUCAUUUAAAGACAUCACAGACAACAAGGCCAAGGCCAUCCCAGAGGGCAAGAGAGAAGGUUAGAGUCGCCGACAAGGUGGUCUGAAAACUGGCUCUUCGUUCAGUUCGACUCGUCUGCGGAGCAGUACUGUACUCUACCACAUCUCUGGUCACCUCCACAGCAAAGACAACAAGAAGAGGAAGAAGAGCAAGAUCAAACUCAACAAGAAUGUGUUUGGGGACCCCCCUGCUCUGCCAGAGUACAAGGUGGCGGACGCCAAGAAGUCCAAGUUCAUCUUGCUUCACUUCAGCACCUUCAAGGCGGGUUGGGAUUGGCUGAUCCUGCUGGCCACCUUCUACGUUGCCGUGACAGUGCCCUACAACGUCUGCUUCAUCGGAGACGAUGACCUCACCAGGAGCACUACAGUCAGCGACAUCGCUGUGGAGAUACUCUUUAUUAUAGACAUUGUGUUCAGUUUCCGUACCACUUACGUGAGUAAGUCUGGGCAAGUGAUUUUCAGUGCGAGGUUGAUCUGCAUCCACUACAUGACCACGUGGUUCAUCAUUGACCUGGUUGCCGCGCUGCCCUUUGACCUCCUCUAUGCCUUCAAAGUCAGCGUGGUAUCAGUAGUCCACCUGUUGAAGACAGUGCGUCUGCUCCGGCUGCUGCGUCUGCUCCAGAAGAUGGACCGGUACUCCCAGCACAGCACUGUGGUGCUCACCCUGCUCAUGUCCAUGUUCGCCCUGCUGGCCCACUGGAUGGCCUGCAUCUGGUACGUCAUCGGCAAGAAGGAGAUGGAGGCCAACGCCUACUCCUGGGACAUCGGCUGGCUCCAUGAGUUGGGGAAGCGUCUAGAGUCUCCCUACGACCCCCUGGGGGAAGUGAACGGGACGGGGCUGAGCGGUCCCUCUCUGAGGAGUGUCUACAUCGCUUCUCUCUACUUCACCCUGUCCAGUCUGACCAGCGUGGGCUUCGGCAACGUGUCGGCCAACACCGACGCUGAGAAGAUCUUCUCCAUCUGCACCAUGCUCAUCGGAGCGUUGAUGCACGCCCUGGUGUUUGGUAACGUGACGGCCAUUAUCCAGCGGAUGUACUCUCGCUGGUCCCAGUACCACACCCGUACCAAGGACCUGAAGGACUUCAUCCGAGUCCACCACCUGCCCCAGGGCCUCAAACAACGCAUGCUGGAGUACUUCCAGACCACAUGGUCCGUCAACAACGGCAUUGACUCCAACGAGUUGCUGAAGGACUUCCCAGAUGAGCUGCGCUCUGACAUCACCAUGCACCUGAACAAGGAGAUAUUGGAGCUGUCUCUGUUUGCCUCGGCCAGCAGGGGGUGCCUGCGCUCCCUGUCCCUGCACAUCAAGACCACGUUCUGCGCCCCUGGGGAGUACCUGCUGCGCCAGGGGGACGCCCUGCAGGCCAUCUUCUUUGUCUGCUCUGGGUCCAUGGAGGUGCUGAAGGAUGGCAUGGUGUUGGCUAUACUGGGUAAGGGUGACCUGAUCGGGGCCAACAUGUCUAUAGAUGACCGGGUGAUAAAGACCAACGCAGAUGUGAAGGCCCUAACCUACUGUGACCUGCAGUGUAUCAACCUGAGUGGUCUGUAUGAGGUACUGGACCUCUACCCAGAGUACACCAGCCGCUUUGUCCAAGACAUCCAUCUGGACCUCACAUACAACCUGAGGGAGGGACACGAGUGCCAUGUCAUAUCCAGAUUGUCCACCAAACCAUUGGACAAACAGACAGAGGGGAGAGGCAACGGACGAGUGAUCCAGUCCUAUCCAUCCAUCAUUGAGAACCAGGAGGAAGAGGAGGAGGAAGAUGAGUUGGCAUCUGUAUCUCCGGAAUUGGUGCGCAACAGCGUCCUGUACACUAGAGAGGUGUCUUCUGGGAAGUCUCCAUCGGGUAGAGCCGGGAUGGAGAGAGAGUUGCAUAGCGGCAGAGAAGUAACACACCAGAGCACUAGGAAACUGAGGGAGAAGAUCCAGAUCCGCCAGACAGCUCUCACCACGCUAGACCCCUCCAACCUCAGCCCUAGGGUUGUGGACGGUACAGAGGAUACUGAAGGUACAGAGACGUCUCCACUGUUCUCCUUCUCUCCUAGCCGAGCCUGUCCAGUCAGCGGUCCAGGGAAUGCACCUGCCACAUUUACAGGUCCCCACAACCAUAACCACAAUGACAACCACAACCCCCACCACCACAAUCAAAACCACAACAACAACCACCACCACAACCAUCACCAUGACCACAACCAGCACUAG